CUCGCCUCCCCGCCCCGCCCGCGCCAGAGGAGCCACUUCGUUACACAACGCCCUCACUCGCCCGAUUCCGAGUUAGCCGAGGUGACGAGGGAGAGCAUUUCACGCCGGAUGACCUGCGAACCAUGCGCACGAUAGGAGGGUGAUGCGACUGCUGUCCUUGUAGGGUGUCGAGAGAGGCUUAGCGAAGAUGCCUAGACCAAGUGCUGCGGCGAAGCGGAGUGCCCGAGUUAACGGCGCUACCAUGUCGAAUAACGUUGCGACGAUAAAACUAGAGGAGGGUCAGGAGUCCGUUACAGAGAUACAGACUUACCUGGAGACUUUUAACAAAGAAAUCGAGGUUGGCCAGGGAGAGCAGCUGCAACAUGUUCAGCUGCAACAAGUGGAAGGCCUCUCGGGUGGAGAAGAAGGUGGAACUUAUUUCGUGGACCAAUCGGGUCAGUAUUACUAUCAAGCGAGCAGUGAUGAGGCACCUGUCAUGACACAGGUGCAAAUCCAAGAGGUCGAAGACAACGAUGGUCAGAAUGAUGGAGAUGGGAGCCACGACGACCGAUAUCACGAGAUAGAGGAGCUUGACAAUGUCGAUGGAGAUGACGACGCAAGCGAGGUGAAGGGAAGGGUAUCGAACAGUGGGAACAACCAGAUGGUGAUAAACUCCGGUGAUGCUUAUCAGACAGUGACGAUUGUGCCCUCCGAUACGAACCCAGGAGAGGUUAGUUACGUGUUGAUAGUGCAGCAACCGGAGUCAGAGGAUAAAGACAGCGGAGGAGCUGAUGGGGAAACUCGCGACGGAGAGGACGCCGAUGGCGAACAGGAUCUCACUGUCUACGAUUUUGAGGACAACGAGGACAACGAUGCUCCCUUGGAGUCGGAAGCUGAGGACGACAAGACUAAAAUCAUCAAGUUUCUGCCAAAGAAGUCCCAAACGGUUACGCAGGCUCACAUGUGCAAUUACUGCAAUUACACCAGUCCGAAGAGAUAUCUAUUGUCUCGACACAUGAAGUCCCACUCGGAGGAAAGGCCACACAAGUGUAGUGUCUGCGAGAGAGGCUUCAAGACUUUGGCUUCGUUGCAAAAUCAUGUUAACACUCACACCGGGACCAAGCCGCACCAUUGCAAAUUUUGUGACAGUGCUUUCACAACGUCUGGUGAGCUCGUAAGACAUGUUCGGUACAGACACACCCACGAAAAGCCGCACAAAUGCUCCGAGUGUGAUUACGCGUCGGUCGAGCUGUCGAAACUCAAGCGACACAUUAGGUGCCACACAGGAGAGCGCCCUUAUCAGUGUCCGCACUGCACAUAUGCCAGUCCUGACACAUUCAAGUUGAAGCGUCAUCUACGCAUUCACACUGGAGAGAAGCCCUACGAAUGUGAUAUUUGCCAAGCAAGAUUUACGCAGUCCAACAGUUUAAAGGCUCACAAGUUGGUGCACAAUGUGGGAGACAAACCCGUCUUCCAAUGUGAAUUGUGUCCAGCCACGUGUGGCAGGAAAACCGAUCUCAGGAUUCACGUGCAGAAAUUGCAUACCUCCGAUAAACCCUUAAAGUGCAAACGCUGCGGAAAGACAUUCCCCGACAGGUACAGCUACAAGUUGCAUAGUAAAACGCACGAGGGGGAGAAAUGCUACAAGUGCGAUCUCUGCCCUUACGCCUCGAUUUCUGCUCGACACCUCGAAAGCCACAUGCUCAUUCACACGGAUCAGAAGCCAUAUCAGUGCGAUCAUUGCUAUCAGUCGUUCAGGCAAAAACAAUUGCUUAAACGACACUGCAAUCUCUACCACAACCCAUCUUACGUACCUCCACCGCCACAAGAAAAGACACAUCAGUGUCCAGAAUGCGAGAGGCCUUUCAGGCACAAAGGGAAUCUUAUCCGCCACAUGGCAGUUCACGAUCCAGAGUCUUCGCUGCAAGAGAAGCAGCAGGCUCUCAAGAUCGGAAGGCAGAAGAAGAUCCAGAUCAUCGAUGGCCAGCGAGUGGAGGUUAUGACAGGAGAUUUAGCUUCUAAACUUAAAGGGUACGAAGACGAGGACGAAGAGGACGAGGACGACAUGAUGGCAGUCGAGGGGAGCGACGGCCAGCAGUACGUCGUUUUGGAGGUUAUCCAACUGGCAGACAACCAAGGCUCGGAGCAGAUGGCCGUAGUGGCCAGCGAAGACGGCGACCUCGUAAUGCAAGAUCCCCUUAGCCAGGAGAGUGGCAUCGUCACGGAGACGGGAGAGGAUGGCGAAGACAUGGACGAGGACGACGUCGUGAGCAUGCCGGAGAUGAAGGUGGAGCCUACAUCGACGCCCAUCAGGAAAAUCUCCUCUAGGGCCUCGCAAAACGAUCCGAAGCUCCGGAAGGAGAUGGAAACCUGCUUCGGGUUCGACGAGGAGGAUUAAUUAAUGGUGCAGGAAGAGGAGGAAGACGAGGAGGGGAAUUCCAAUAUCCGGUUGCUGGAGACAAUCUCGAAAUGGAGAGAAAUCAAUAUGUAUAGAGAGGGAGGAGUGAAAGAGAGUGCCGACACGGAGGGACGUAAACUUUGAUGUAAUAGUCAAAUAUUUUGCUCCCCUCGCGGAUUUGCGGAUACCGGGGAAGCAGUGUACAAUUACAAUUAGGAUAACGGAAUUACGAUAAUUUAUGGAUAUAUGCCGUAGAGGUUUAAUUUCUCCCGAUUAACGGACAGUGUGUACAAGAGAGGAAAUGAAUAGCGUUAAUGUGCAUCCGGUCCGAUAGUUCGCCGUCGUCCGAUCUUAUCACCUUUCAUAAAGGACAAAGUCAAAAGAACAAGGCACGUAAACAAUUCCAGAGGGAUCAUCGAAGACCACCGCUAACGCCAACAGCGUUUCCUUAAUCCAGACGCAAAGAUCGCCUUAAAUGUAAAUCUUUCUCCCAGCAAUUGUUAUUAAAUAUCGGCGAGGACGACGGCGACGGGGACGUAAUAUUUUUAAUCCUUUAUUUAUAAUAUACCGGCGAGGGCGCAGGAAGGGUGUCGAUAAGAGAUAGAGAGAUAGGAAAAGGGGAACGCUCUUCGCCGCACUGUAAAUAACUGCUUUUCAUUUAUCGUUUACACGGUAGGCUAUCGUAAGACUCUAGAUUAGGCUGGAUGGAAAUCUAUGUUUAACGAAUCACUAAACGGUGGAUCUGCCUUCACGAGAUGAGUCUUCCUCUCGUGUAGGCUCGUCCGGGUGGCGUCACGGGUUCAGAAGGAAAUCGCUUUUCUGGCGAGAAUGGCAAUGUAGAGACGUCUUUAAUCUCCCCAAUGUUUUUACACUAUUGAAGAGAUUCUCUCCGAUCGGUUACAAACAGUCGUUAGAGGCAGUCGCGACCUUUCAAUGAAUUUAAUUUCCUUCGGAGAUGCAACACGCGAGAAAGACUAGCUUUAAGGCGAUACGGUGCGAAUUAUACUGCAAAGAUAUUUUUUGCUGCCCAAUUGUAUAUAGAGAUUCUCUCCGAUCAAUUAAAAAUCGACAGAUAGUCUUAAUGGGUUGUCCGGGAAAAAAUGGCGAGGCUAUCGAUACGUUUUACUGCAUCUGAUUACGAAGCAAGGCAUUGGAAUUAAUUACAGCCCAUUAGGGAGUUUUAAUCCUCGUUUAGUCCCGAUUACUUCAGUCCGAGAGGGAUUUCGCUAAUCAUUACCGGGAUUAACUCAUCGGAAUUAAAUUGUUAAGCUAAUUACGAUACACUGGGAGACAUCAAUGCCCUCCCAUCCUGCACAGGCGAUGUCGCAUCUUCAAGGGAGGCAUUGUUUGUACGUUCAUAUUUCUACACGUUAGAUGAUUCUCUCAAUGAGCGAUUUCCUCCCGAUUAGCAAAGAAAGCCGAGAAGGGACACUGUAAAAAGUCUGUACAAUUUUUUUUACGACCACGUAAACGUAAAGAAGCUGCACGCGUCCGCGUAUGACUUUGCGCGAACUGUACAAUUGUAAUUUAGAUAUAUAUAUAUCGAUCCCCCAAUCCCCUUUCCCAAAAAUCAUUACAACGUUCCGAAUUGUACACUUUCUUACAUUAUUCCAAAGAAAAGCAGUGUAGCAUUUUCUCUGUAAUAAACGUUAACCCAUCGA